AUGUUUGGACUGCUCGAAGACGAGAUCUGCUCUGUCUUCAAACGCUUUCCUCCAUGCAUUGGAUCAUCUGCAGAGACUGUGAAGAACAAGACUGAGUUUCUGGUUAAGGAGAUGAAUUGGCUAAAAAAGGCCGUGAUUGUGUUCCCUCAUGUAUUUGGAUACAGCUUUGAGAAGAGGAUUGUACCGAGGUGUACUGUAAUCAAGGCUCUCAUGUCUAAAAGAUUGCUCGGAAGUGAACUUCCUCCAAUGUCGUCUGUUUUGUCGUGUACUGAUCAGAUGUUCUUAAAAAGGUCUAUCGAGUUACAGAAAUGGUGUAAUUGGAGUGUUUCAGUGAAGCUUGCGCAAAAUGUAUUCUCUGUUUUUUCCAUUUCCAUCUCCUCUGCUUCUACUGUAAGCCAUAAGGAUGGUCGAAAAGGGAAGACUUUCACUGUCUCUUACCUCGUUGAUACAUUGGGUCUAACUACAAAACUCGCGGAAUCAAUCUCGAGGAAAGUCAGCUUUGAGAAAAAGGGCAAUCCAGAUUCCGUUCUGAAUCUUCUUAAUGGUUAUGGCUUCACAGAUUCUCAGAGGUUUGAAGCUUCUCUCAAGAAAGUGGUUGACAAGGGCUUUGAUCCAACGAGCUCAAAGUUUGUGCAAGCUCUCCACGUUGUGUACCGAAGCAGUGACAAAACGAUUGAAGAAAAAGUCGAUGUCUAUAAAAGGCUAGGCUUCGCUGCGGGAGAUGUAUGGGAGAUGUUCAAGAAAUGGCCUUUCGCUCUGAAGUUCUCGGAGAAGAAGAUAACUCAGACGUUUGAAACCCUCAAGAGGUGUGGUCUGCUCGAGAACGAGGUCAUGUCAUUGUUGAAGAGGAAUCCUCAGUUCAUACGCAUUUCAGAGGAGAACAUAGUGAGCUCUGUUGAAACGCUUAUGGGUCUAGGAUUCAGCAGAGACGAGUUUGCGUUGAUGAUCAAGCGCUAUCCUCAGUGCAUUGGCUUUUCUGCAGAGACGGUGAAGAAGAAGACCGGGUUUCUGGUGAAGAAGAUGAAAUGGCCACUAAAGUCCCUGGUUUCGCAUCCUCAGGUGUUUGGAUACAGCAUGGAGAAGAGGAUUGUACGGAGGUGUAAUGUAAUCGAAGCUCUCAUGUCCAAAGGAUUGCUCGGUGACGGAAGUGAACUCACUCCAAUGUCGUCUGUUUUGGCGUGUACUGAUGAGACGUUCUUAAACAGGUAUGUGAGGAAGCACGAUGACAAGGAGCUUGUGCCUGAGCUGAUGGCCAUCUUCACAAGAGUUCAUAAGGCAGGCCUAGAACAAUGA